AUGUAUGACAAGGUGUUGUUUGCUGAUGAGGAUCUUGAUGAGCAAUUAAGUAGUGGGAAGGUUUGUGUGGGUACUUUUCUAUUAGACUUCAUUAACGAUAAUCCAAUUGUUGAUAUUGAAGGCAAAUCUUAUGCUAUUCAAGUCUGUGAAAUUGCUUUAUGGUGCCCGGAAAUAAAGAAGCCUAAAGAUGAUGCUAUAAAUGACGGGGAAGCUCAAAAAGAAGAGAAUGAUUUAAGUGACGAUGAAGAUGCGGAGAGCAUAGAUGAAGAGUCAGAAAAUGAAAAAAACGAUGACGGGAUGAAUCAAUUCCUACCUGAUGAUCCAGUUUUUUUAUAA